GGGGGCGGGAGCAGGAGGACCACAAAAACACCGAGUUUGGCUCAGCACUUUCUCUCCAGAAAGGCGGGCGGAGCCGAAAACCAAACAAACGUCUUCUCAGAGCUUGGGGGCGGGGCAGGCGGGAGAAGACGGAGCCUCCAGAGCCGAAGCCUUCGCGGAGUUGGUUUUUCGGUUGCUGGUCGUUGUGGCCGAGGGGUCUGAGGUCGGGCUGAGACGUGGGGAGCAAUGGCGACCUUUGUGAGCGAGCUGGAGGCGGCCAAGAAGAACUUGAGCGAGGCCCUGGGGGACAACGUGAAACAAUACUGGGCUAACUUAAAGUUGUGGUUCAAGCAGAAGAUCAGCAAAGAAGAGUUUGACCUUGAAGCUCAUAGACUUCUCACACAGGAUAAUGUCCAUUCUCACAACGAUUUCCUCCUGGCUAUUCUCACGCGUUGUCAGAUUUUGGUGUCUACACCAGAGGGUGCUGGAUCUUUACCCUGGACAGGGGGUUCUGCAGCCAAACCUGGAAAACCAAAGGGAAAGAAAAAGCUUUCUUCUGUUCGUCAGAAAUUUGAUCAUAGAUUCCAGCCUCAAAAUCCUCUCUCGGGAGCCCAGCAGUUUGUGGCCAAGGAUCCCCAAGAUGAUGAUGACUUGAAACUUUGUUCCCACACAAUGAUGCUUCCCACUCGGGGUCAGCUUGAAGGGAGAAUGAUAGUGACUGCUUACGAGCAUGGGCUGGACAACGUCACCGAGGAGGCUGUCUCAGCUGUGGUCUAUGCAGUGGAGAAUCACCUUAAAGAUAUAUUGACAUCAGUUGUGUCAAGAAGGAAAGCUUAUCGAUUACGUGAUGGUCAUUUUAAAUAUGCCUUUGGUAGUAAUGUGACCCCACAGCCAUACCUGAAGAACAGUGUAGUAGCUUACAACAACUUAAUAGAAAGCCCUCCAGCCUUUUCUGCUCCUUGUACUGGUCAGAAUCCAGCGUCUCACCUGCCUCCUGACGAUGCUGAGCAGCAGGCCGCACUCCUGCUGGCGUGCUCGGGGGACACGCUACCCACGACUUUGCCUCCAGUGAACAUGUACGACCUUUUUGAAGCUUUGCAGGUACACAGGGAAGUCAUUCCUACACACACUGUAUAUGCUCUCAACAUUGAAAGGAUCAUUAUGAAGCUCUGGCAUCCAAAUCAUGAAGAGCUGCAGCAAGACAAAGUCCACUGCCAGCGCCUGGCAGCCAAGGAGGGGCUCUUGCUCUGCUGAAUUGGGAUUGGAGGGUGUGGGACCCUCAGCAAAUUCAUUGAUGAUUGGGAAUUGAAUGCUUUUGGGGGCCACAUUUCAAGACUGAAGUGUGUAGAGUAAAUAUAACCUUUCCUAUGGAAAGGUGAUAGUACAUUUUGUGUUGCUACUGUGAAGCCAUUAAUAAAUCUGAUUUUAAUAAUGACCCGUAUCUCUGUAUGUAUGUGUGUGUGUGUUCCCAGUUAUGGGAAUAGGCACUGAGAAAGUUCUGUGCCUGGAAUGGUGCUGUUUAGGCAUCUGAGGCCUAGUAUCCUGUGGUCUGCAUGUGAGGUAGGUGACAUUCUAGAACAAAGAAGCUGUUAUAACUUAGUCCCCACGAUCAGCAGGACAUCUCUGUGUUUAGAGACAUCACGUAUUCUGUAUCUGGCAAGUCUAAAAUUUCUGCUUUCCUCCUGAAGAAAGAACUGUGCUUUUAACACAGUGUUAAAAAUCGGUUAUCAUUUUUAGUGACCAGUGUUAUAUAUAUAUAUAUAUUUUUUUGUGACCAGUUUAAUUUUUAACAGGUAUACGUAGUUGCCUAAAGAUUCAUUCCAACUCCAUAGAAAAUAAGACUUAGAAAUGCUGUGCUAUUAGAGAAAAUAAAGUCCUUUCUUUAAAUUAAAAACCAAAUCAAAACAAUCUCUUAGAAUGUAAUUAACCUUAUAAAAUAUCUUCUCAUAACUCAAGUUUCUUUUAUAGAGUUGUUAUGCCCAAAGACUUUGAUUGGCAGGUUCAUCUUUUAAUUAUUCCUAUAGGAGUCCAUGUGAACAUAUUGGAUUUAUACUUGGUAAUUCUCCUAUUCCUGUGAAGUAUCUUUUUCUAUACUUUCAAAUGGCAGUGUUACUAAUAACUGUUCGUUUGUUUAGAGAUAUGUUGCUUUUUAUUCAAGAGAUGUUAUUGGUGGAUACAUUAGAAUGUACAGAUGGGUUUACGUAGGUCUGAAUAACAUAUGUAUAGAUAUGUAUAUAUGGUUCAAUAUCUGGAUCUGUGUAUUUGGUUUUGUACUUUAAAUGUGACGAAUAAACCUUUUGGGAGAAAACUUUUUUUGUUUAUUAAAGUAAACGUAUAAGGAAUACCACCUUCUACAGAAAUAUGAAGAACCUUGCUUUCUGAGAUCUUAGCAGAGACUUUUCAAAAGAACGUACUACAUGAGAAAGAUUAAAAGCAGGUUCCAAUUAAGGCAUGUCAUUUCUUCCUCUUGUGAUAUGUAGGUUAAGACUAAAAAGAAAAAAUAAACAGCC